AUGAGGUUCAGGACGCGUAUUGCACACGUCGCGUUACUGCACACACUGGCCAAGGUUUGUGUCAUCCGCCUCAGCGAAGAGAAGGUCCACUUUAUCAUCCCUGGUAAUGAGGGGAAGGAUGGCGUCCAGGUGUGGUCACAAGUCAAGGUGCCAACCCUCUUCGAUCACUACCGAAUAGAGUCAAACGCCAACAAUGAAAUAUGGCUAGAAAUCAACCUCGAUGCGUUCCUCAAGGUUCUCAAGAGUGCAGAUACCACAAGCGGCAGUGCGGGCGACAACCCACGACAGAAUGCGACGUCUCUCACGGACUCGGACGUCAUGCUGAAGCUCAACAAGCGUGACUCGAGGGCGAUCUGGGCCUUUGAUAUCAAGGGCAAGAACCAGUCCGGUCACAUGAUGCACAUCACGCACGAAGUAGCCGUUCACAUCAUUACCUCGAGGAGGCAGAGCGAGCUCAACGAGCCACUGUGUCCGCCUCCAGAUGCGCUGCUGAUGCGCGUUCAGAUCCACCUCGUUCUUCCGAACCUCGCCGAACUGAAGGUCAUCGUCUCACGCCUGAGUCACCUCUCUGAUAAUGUCGCGAUAUCAGCCAACCAUGAGGGAACCAUGGAGCUGCGAGUGAAAUCUACGAGUCUGCAAAUGUCCACGACGUGGUCCAACUUGGGCAUUCCAAACUCAAUUGGUGACGACUCGGAGGCCGAGGCCCCUCCAAAGGAGAAGAUGUUCAAAACCAAUGUCUCCAUUCGAGGUUUCCAAAAGUUCCUCACGAGUCACCACGUUGGAGGCGACGCCAUUGCCUGCAUCUGCGAGGACCACUGUCUCAUUGCCUACGUGUACAUCGACUACCCUUCGUUUCUCCUCUACUUCCUGGAUCAAACCCAUGCGACCGUCACAGCAGCCACGGCCGCGACGAUCCUGUACACGCAGUCGCCACUAGCCGUGUGGUUCAGCCUGGGCGCCGUGGCGUCGACGCUGAUGGCCAAAGUCGCAAAGAAGCUGAUCCGCGAGCCACGGCCCGAUACGCCGCCGCCAGAGUCCAACAAGACGGCGCCAGUCAAGACCAAGCAGACGUACGGGAUGCCAAGCUCGCACUCGACCGCCCUGUCCUACUACUUCUUCUACCUCUUCCCCAUCCUCCCGCUCGUCUCGGCAUCCACGUGGGGCGAGCGCGCAGUGCUCACGGCCGUGUGCGGCACCACCAUCUGGAGCAGAGUUGAGCUCGGGUACCACACUGUCCCGCAGGUGCUUGGCGGAGCCGUAGUCGGUGCGAUCGGCGCAUUCACCUGGUCAUCCCUUUGGGACAAUGUGCCGUCGAUCGAGACCAACAUCCAGACCGCCAUAGACGUCACUCGGCGACUCGUCUGGUCAAAGUAA